GAGAGUGAAGGUCAGUGCGUUUGGGGUCUGCCAACAUGGGCCUCCCUCUGCCCCCCAGUGUCCUGCUCCUCGGGGCGCUGUGGUCCGCCUGUCCCGGCCAGGCCGCGGUGGUGCCGGACUUCAACCACGUGGAGCGCUGCAAGGAGGCCCUGUACAUGGGCACCCCGCCGCGCGGCUACUUCACCGCCAAGCUGAAGAAGAUCUGCCAGCGCUACGCGGACAGGCCCCGCUACGCCACCCUCUACGACCCCCGCGGGCACAUCCCCGUCUACUCCGCCUACACCUUCAAGAAGUCCGACGGGGAGAAGCACGUGGACUUCCCCUGGAUGUUCGAGCCGCAGCUCGGCUCUGAGAAGGGCGGGAGCAACAUGGAGCCCUUCCCGCAGACCCACAUGCACAUGAACUUCGAGGACACGCAGGCCGUCCUGGAGGACUACUCCGACGUGGUCCAGUACGAGCGCGGCCACCUGAACCCGGACGAGCACCAGGCCGACCCGCUGGACAAGGCCGCCACCUACACCCUGACCAACGUGGUGCCGCAGAUUCGGGAGUUCAACACGGGCCCCUGGUCCGACCACGAGGACCAGGUCCGCAAGAGGCUGAACAACUAUUGCCGGGGGGCGGCGUACGUGGUGACCGGCACGACCACCUCCGGCAACACGAUCCGGCGGGACAACGUGGACCGCGUGGCCAUCCCCGAGUACAUGUGGACCGCCUACUGCUGCGUCGACUUCGACCGCAACGCGCCCUACGACGUGCGCUACAAGCUCCCCGCCUUCGGCGCCUACGCCCUGAACAGCCACGUCAACAGCCACGUGGUGGAGGUGCCCGUGAAGAACCUGGAGAAGUUCCUCAGGAGCAGGAUGGAGGUGGACACGAACUUCCAGAUCUUCUACAACGACUGCGUCCCAGAUUUCUGAUUUUUUCUUUUUGUUUUGCGCUUCGUCAGAAACUGUCCUCCCCUCAAUUAGAUAUUUUUUGGGGGGUUUAUGUGUGUUGCUUGGCAAAUGGUUACUGCAUCAUUGCAUUCUGGGUUAUGUCUCAAUGAUAAUUUGGCUAUAUUCAUAUACUUAAGAGUAAUAUUUAAUCAUCUGCAUUGAAGGGUACUUCAAUCUCCA